AUGAAGAAAAAGUUGCAGACAGUGAUGCUGCAACUCUGUAGCCUGGGAAAGGAUUUUACUAUUACGGGCAGAAAAUGCAAAAGACAGGACCUUGAGCUAAGGAAUCAAAGAGGCCACACCUUGCAGUGCAGUCAUUUUGUGCCUUCACCUUUCCCAGAAGACACUCCCCUACCUUGUGUCAUAUACUGCCAUGGAAACAGUGGAUGCAGGAUAGAAGCAUUGGAGGCUGCUGCAAUUCUUCUUCCAUCCAAUAUUACUGUAUUUACUCUUGAUUUUUCGGGUUCUGGCUUGUCUGAUGGUGAUUAUGUGAGCCUUGGUUGGUAUGAGAAAGAUGAUCUCAAGGUUGUGGUGUCUUAUUUGAGAAGCAGUGAACAAAUAUCAUGCAUCGGUCUUUGGGGACGUUCUAUGGGUGCAGUCAUUAGUCUUCUUUAUGGAGCAGAAGACCCAUCUAUAGAUGGAAUGGUGUUGGACAAUGCCUUUUCAAACUUAUUUGAUGUCGUGAUGGAACUUUUGAAUGUGUACAAGAUCCGGCUUCCAAAAUUUAUAGUUAAGGUUGCAGUACAGUACAUGUGGCAGGCAAUUCCAAAGAAGGCAAAAUUUGAUAUCAUGGACCUUAAUUGUAUACAGGGGCAUAAAAAUAUAAUAAAAUUUGAUGGUGAUCACCCCUCUUCUCGACCAAAGUUUUAUUACGAUUCAGUAUCCAAUUUCUUCCAUAACAUCCUUCAUCCCCCUCUAGUUUCUUCUGUUCAUUCAAGUAAGCUUGAGAAAUAUUAUGAUUUGGGGUACUUAAAAGUCAGCACUGGUAUGGAUAAGGUAAUUUAA